UCAAUAGUGCUGUCAGCAUAUGUGGCGAAGACUCAAUAAAUGAAAAUUCAAGAAGCUUGUUAAAAGAAUUGGCCAACACUUACAUGAAGCUAUAUACAAACCAAACUAUUGAGUUUUUUGGUCUGAGAGAUUUCUAUAGUCUCAUCAAAUCCAUUCAGCCCAAUCCAAGUGAUGUGGUAGAAGUUUGGACAGCCAUUUCAAGGAAUUUUAGUGGUUCAGCUCAUGAUGUAUCCAAUGUUUUCAAACAAGAUUUGCAAAAAAAGUUCCCAACAUUUGAACCAGGUACAAUUCCUCUUACAAGCAUUGUGGAAACAAAUCUUGGAGAAACAGACAGUAGAUUUUUGUUGUUGCAAACAAAUUCACAUGCAUCCCUAAACUUGAUAUCAAUUUUGCUUAAGGGCAUAAUAGGAGAGCAAGGAACAUGGAAACCUGUAUUUGGCUCAGCUUUCCCUGGAGAUAAAAAUUUCACUGAAUAUUGCAGAAAUGUUAGACAUAUCAAAACCUACAUGGAAACUGGUGAAACGGUAGUUCUUCUGAAUCUUUCAGAAAUUCAUGAGUCAUUCUAUGAUGCUUUGAAUCAACACUACGUUACGCUUGGUGAUAAACGUUACGUCGAUAUCGGCUUCAAAGGCCAUAGCGUCAAAACGUCCAUAAAUCAAAAUUUCAGGCUCAUUAUUAUUGAAAAUAAAGAAAAGGUUCAAGAAUAUCCUAUACCCCUGAUCAAUCGACUGGAAAAGCAUUUUUUAAAUGCUGAAUGUCUCUUGAAGGACUCUGAUAUUGCUAAAGCCAAUGACCUGAAAACUUGGAUGGAAACAUUUGUCUCGCUAGAUUUCAGACUUAGUGAUAUAUUCAUUGGAUAUCAGGAAGAUUUUGCUAGUUGCGCAAUUUUACGCAGCAAUGGAGAUAUAAAAAGCGGAAAGCAAGCCAUUUUGCAAACAGCCACUUUGGAUGCAAUUUAUCGCCUUGGUGACGACAAUGUGGAUAAACUCAGAUAUCUCAAAUCCAAUAUCCACUUCAACUUGAUGGAUCUGUUGAUAGAUGCUUUACUAGAUAAGAGCAAAGUACAUUCUUCUGAUAUGUUAAAUGAUCCGUUACAAGAUAAGAGAAAAGUACAUUCUUUCGAAGUUGUAACUUUUUCUAACAUUUUGCCUGCUCACAGUAGACUUCCCAUUGAAAAGGAGCUCAACCUUCCGGGAAACAGUGUAAUGAUACUGGAUUUAAAAGCCUAUGAAGCACGUCAUCAAUUGGAAGAAGACUUAGACUGCUUUUUGAAUCGUUGCAAAAGGGAAAUUUCUGAAGAGGAACUAACUUGCACUCAAGGUGCUGUAUUGAUAUUGCAGUGUCCCCAGGCAGAACGGAAUGGAGAACUGAUGGAAUUUGCAAAGCAUGUUUGGGAUUCCAAAAACAAAGAGAAUCUCCGUAUCCCAAUUGUUGUUAUCAUACUGUGGUCAGUUGAAAGGAGUGUUUAUACUCAAUCUGUCAGAGUUCAAAUUUGUGAAGAAUUUCAACUGGUGUACUUGGAUGAAGUAGACAUGUUGUUCAGCUUUAUUGCCAUCUUGUCAUUUGAUGAAGUCAAAUUUUCUUGACUUAUUUCAUGUCCUUGAAACUGAUCCAGAACGUAC